AUGAAGUUCAGUCUUUCUUCUCUCGCGCUAGCUAGUCUAGCUGCCUCUACUCCCCUUGGUCUACAGGAGCGACAGCUUGGCGGCGGUGGCAAUGAACUCCGCGAAGGAUCCUGCAAGCCCAUCACCUUCAUUUUCGCCCGUGCUUCCACCGAGCCCGGUUUGCUCGGAAUCUCCACCGGUCCCGCUGUCUGCAACGACCUCAAGAUGGCCAAGGCCGGCCAAGUCGCCUGUCAAGGCGUGGGACCCAAAUACACCGCCGACCUGAUGUCCAACGCGUUGCCCGACAACACCUCCCCCGCGGCCAUCGAGGAGGCCGUCGGACUCUUCAAACAAGCCGCAUCCAAGUGCCCAGACACCCAGAUCGUCGCAGGUGGCUACAGCCAAGGCACAGCCGUCAUGGACGACUCGAUCAAGAAGCUCCCCGACGACGUGAAGGACAAGAUCAAGGGUGUGGUUCUCUUCGGAUACACCCGUAACGCCCAAGAGCACGGCCAGAUCGGCGACUUCCCCAAGGACAAAGUCAAGAUCUACUGCGCCACGGGCGACAUGGUCUGCGACGGAACCCUCAUCGUCGGCCCUGCCCAUUUCACCUACGUCGCGAACACCGGGGACGCGAGUAAGUGGCUCGAGGGCAAGCUGGACUCGUCCAGCUCCAGCUCCUCGUCCUCGGGUUCCGGCUCCGGCUCGUCCGGCUCGUCGACUUCGUCCGGUGCUUCGGCCUCUCAGUCUGCAUCGUCGGGCUCCGGUUCGUCCGGCUCUUCCGGUGGCUUGGGCUCCUUGCUCGGAGGUGGCUCUUCUGGAUCUUCGGACUCCGGGUCUUCCGGUGGUCUGGGUUCUUUGCUCGGAGGUGGCUCUUCUAGUGGCUCUUCGGGAUCUAGCGAUGAUGAUUCUUCUUCCUCGGGAUCUUCGGGCUCUUCCGGUGGUCUUGGUUCUUUGUUUGGUAUGUAA